UUCAGAUGGGUCUAGCACAGUGACGGGUGAUGAUCGUCCGUGAAAAAGCAUCCCGUAAAAUGAAACCCUACUGAAUGGAGAGUUACGCUGUGCCAAUCAUCAGCGUCUUCGUCUAGUUACGUUCAUUCGUCUUCAUUGCUUUUUCCCAUAUGGCCCAUCGGAGAGGUUUCGAGUGAAAGAAGUUUUCUGGUAGACUCAACAGCAUUCGCCGACGGUAAAAACGUAGAGAAACAUCAUAUAUGCUACGCGCGCUGUGCAUUUUUGCGGCGUGGAGUACAGACGUGAACUGGUCUAACUAUACAUUGAAAGCGGUGCCUAAAAAAACUCAACAGUGUCAAUUAUUGAAAAUGAUUCGGAUUACACUCCUCAUACUCGUGCUCAGCGUUGUCCUACAAGCUUGCACAGAAGUACCGUGUUCGGACAAAGGAACAUGCAGAUCGCACGGAGCUACUUACCAUGGUAUCUACCUUGGCGAAAUUGGUGAUGGCAGCAUACAUAAAGUUUCCGGAAAAGUCUACCUGUCCAAUAAAAACGAGCUUCAUUUAGUCGACUUCAACUACGACGGAGCUGGUCCUGACGCCUUCUUUAUGAUCGUCAAAGAGGGCAAUCCCAGCGCGGAGGGAAUCAAACUUGCCGAUGAGAACGGAUCGACCGCAAAGUUAAAGGGUUAUCGCAGCGCGAACUUGUACCUGCCACUGGGACCGCACGACAUCCGUGAUGUGAAGUUCUUCUAUGUGUUCUGUAUCAAGGCCAAUCAACUGUUCGGAGCGGUACCCAUAACAAAUCCACUAGUUCCUUCCGAGCAAAAAAUUAGCGAUGGAAUUCAAGGAGCUCAUGGCGUUAGCACUGGAGUAAUUACCCUUAAAGAUUCCCGUACUAUGAUCAUUAAGGAUUUCAGCUAUGAUGGAGCCGCUCCCGACGCUUUCUUCACUGUUGGCCAAGGCAAUCCGUCCACCGAUGGCGAGAAGCUGCCCAACGAAAGAGGCAGCAUCGUCAAACUUCCCCGGUACCAACGGCAGACCAUUAUGCUAACGCUUCCGCAGGAUAAAUCCUGGGCAGAUUAUGACUAUCUGUCCGUAUUCUGCCAUCGUGCGCGACAGGACUUUGCGCAUGUGCGUAUCCCCCGAGACCAAUUAACCAUUCCGGUUGCGCGUGGAUCAGGGCCGACGCCAAGUAUCAAGUACUUCGGUAAACUACUUGGAGAGCUGCCCACUUUCGCCCAUGAAGUUCGCGGGACAGUGUACGCCGCCAACGAAAAUACCGUCGUUAUCACAAACUUUUACUACGACGGGGAAGGACCAGAUGCGCAUUUCUGGGUCGGCACUACUGGACGCCCGACAAGUGCGGGAAUCCAGGUGGCCAAUGAGGUGGGAUCCCAUCAGAAGCUGCAGCGCUACCGAGAUGCCUACCUGGUUCUCACUCUUCCUGAGGGAAAAAAAAUCACAGACUUCAGCUACUUUGGUGUUUGGUGCAAACAGGCCACGGCGGACUUUGGCCAUAUCAAGAUUCCUCACGAUUUUUCCCCUCCUCGAGAGGUGUCCUUGGGACCAAUUCCAACGUAUGCUCAUGGAACGAGUGCCGACGACGUCAUCGUGAAAGACUUCAAGACCCUCUUCAUCAAAAACCUCAAAUACGAUGGAGCUGGUCCUGAUGCCUUCUUUCUGGUGGGCCGGGGACAGGCUCCAACUCCGAAUGGCAUUAAGGUGCCUGAUGAACGCGGCAGCCUGAGCCGUCUACAUGGCUAUUAUGGCGAAGACAUCACAAUCCGACUACCUCCAGGCGUGUCCGUCUUCGAUAUCGACUACUUCGGCCUGUACUGUAUACGUUACACCGAAAACUUUGGUCACGUGAAUUUGCGCCAGGAAAUGUUAAAUGUCCCUACUGAUAUCAUGGCUCUCAAGUCCGAAAUCCUGACGUUCGACAACUGCGAAGACAUCAUUCCCGAUCACCUCCAGGUUUCCUGGAAGAUCGAUGGACAGAAUAUCUUCUUCAGACUAAACGGCAGGGCGGAUCCGGAACAAUACAUUUCAUUUGGAAUAUCUGGUAAACGCGACCGUACGACGAUGGAGCAUGCCGAUGUCGCUGUGGCCUACUAUGACAAAAAGAUCUCUCUUAUCGUCCUGAAAGACUAUUUCCUCGAAUCUCGAGCGCAGUGCUCUACAAACGGUGGCGUAUGUCCAGACGAGCACAAUGGCGGCAGGAACGAUCUUACUUUAAUUUCGAGCGAAUACAGAAACGGCAUCAUUGAGGUCGUGUACAGCCGUCCCUUAGCUACAAAUGAUCUCAACGAUCGAAAUAUACCAGCAUACGGUGACACGGCUAUCGUAGCAGCUAUUGGUCCUUGGAGCGAUAGCAUUAUACUCAAACAUACAAAAUAUGUUACCAGAGAUACAAUCUUUAUAAAUUUCGGUCGUCCACCGAUCAAUCAGUGCUUACCUCUAAGCAAUCGCAAAGAUCCUGCUGUAGCUGGCCAGCCUUUUGCAGCAAGAAAGAUUAAGAACGUGAAUAAAUUCACUGCCCAAAUCGGGCCCACGGGAGGAUCAAAGGGUUACGUGAAAAUCACAGGCCAAGAAGGCUGGGGUAUCGCGUGGUGGAUCAACGGUCAGCUGAUUCCAGAGCUGCAUGUAGUUCGGGGACACAAUUACACGUUUGUCGUCGAAGGUGGUCUUGAAUCGACAAAUACGGCUAAAUACCACCCUUUCUAUAUCACGAACAGUCCCGCUGGGGGUGGAGCUAACCAUAUUGAGGAACUAAACUCGGACAGCCAUAAGGUAUACGCUGGAAUUGACAUAUCACCGGAGGGAAAAGUGACUCCCGCGACUGGGCGAUACUGCGAAUGGAAACAUAAAACCAUAGAUCUGGCGGAAGAGGUAGAUACGUUUGAGGAAUACAAGGCGACGCUACGUCUACAGUGUGAUCCUGGACAACCUGGUACCUUUUUCUGGACGCCUGAUGGCAAUACACCCAACACAGUGUACUAUCAGUGUUUUACCCAUUCAUAUCUGGGAUGGAAAAUCCGUGUUCUCAAUGAAGGCGAAAACUCGUCCACUUCGCGCUCUGCCGGGAUCUCGUUGCUAACUGUCGCUUUGAUCUUUCAACGGCUACUGAGAUAAUCACCGAAGUUCCGUGAUGAUUCGUGCCGGUUUUUUAUUACCAUUAUUAUUAGUUUACCUAUAUCAUUUUAUAUACUAUUUCUUAUAGUUAGAUUCGUCUAUGCAUCCACAAACUAUACAAAACAAAAAAGUAUAAACACUAAUAAUAACGACAUAAUGUCAAUUACAGCCUGAAGCCGCUCACAUAGAUGAAGCGCCCGUAUCAAUUUUCUGGUGAAAAAGAUUUGUUUGCUGAGCAUAUCUUUGCUUUAAAAGCGUAUAAUCGACGUUUAUUAACAGACAUAAACAAAUCAUAGCAAGGGCUUUUCCUUCGACAAAAUAGCUUGGAAAUAUCGGUCAGUGUUUUCGGAAAUUUUAAUAAAAAAUAAUAUGAGGGGUUUAAAGAUCGUCCACACAACACCAAAGAUUCUAUUUGGACAUCAGCUGGAUACUAUGCAUCCGCUAACAUUAUAGUGCCCUAGCUUACGAAUAGCUAAUUGAUUUUGUCUCCUUUGCAAGAUAUGGCCGUCGUCAGUGACGAUUUUGUGCGGGCGCACAUGUAAAAACAAUGGGCGGCUGGCUUGAAACGCUUCUUACCUUCCCUUUAAACUGCGCUAGAAGAUCAAGCACAAGCACAAGCACACCUUCCUAGACGUCUAUAUCCUUCAUUUCAGUCUGAGGGAAGUGGUUUCAUACUCAAGCGGAAAAUCAAAACAAUGUGCAAAUGAUCUGCAAUUCAAGUAUAUAUAUGAUCAGAAAUGUUUGUUGAUUUCCACCUUUGUCAAACACCUUGUAUUUAAAAAGCUUUUGUAUUGUCAGUACGCAAGGUACCUGAUAAAGGUGAAAAUCGAUGAAUGUAAUUAGGAGAGUUUGCGACAGUUGAGUAUGGGAUAUUCGGCUCUGCCUCCUAAUUGCUGCAUAAACGGAUCAGACCUUAGACAUCAAUUUCCCGUUCAGACAGAAUAAAAAUAGCUGGGUCUCCAUAACACCGGUUUGUGCUGUGUCUCCAUAGGAAGGCAUGAAGUGUGGCACUCGAACAUUUUUCUUCUAAUCGAUCCCCUCUUGUUCCGAAACCUUUUCCGUAUAUAUCUUGUACAUGACUUUAUCCAUACACACACAUGCCCAUAACACAGCAAAAGAUGAGUAUAUAAUUAACAGCACAACCAGCGUAAAUACACAUUUGAUAUAGGUUAAGAAGGAGCAGCCGUAGUGCUUCUCAGUGAGCAACGGCGCAGUGAGGUGAUGCCACCAGCUUGACAAGCGACAUCCCCUUGCAGUGUCUAAUUUUCUAAGGAUAGCUAAUUCGAUGGUAUAGGAUGCGACAACUAUUUAGAUAGUUCUAUAUAAAUAUGCAUAGCUAGAUAAAGGAUUGCAAAAGAACAGCCAACGUGAACUUGUGGAAAAGCGAAACAAAGCGAAAAGACAAGUGAGAAUGGGGCAAUCGAUAACGGACUGCCUGUGCCUGCAGGCCCUGUCCCGCCUUCGCGGGUGAAGUAUGAUUGAUUAUUAGUAUGUUGUGGUAUGGACCUUUGACGACAAAAUCCAGUUACGGCAGCAAAAACAGGUGUCCGAUAUAGAUUUCGAUGACCGCCUUCAAAAUGGACCAAGAUCGUUAAGCGUAGAAGGGCUAAGCAAAUAUGUUCAUCUUAUUUAUGAUGGUUAUCGUUGAAUCGAAAUGAGUAAAACAUUACUGAACAAUGAUAAAUGGUAAAUGAUUUGUAGAGCAAUCAGAAAACGACGGGGCUCGUGUCCUGAAAGCGGUUCAAUUAUAAUCCAAUCAUGAGUAACGUUAUUAUCAUUAUUAACUAUUUUUAUUAUGAUGAGUAUGUUUUUAAAUUUCACAUUGAAUAGGCCUGUGAUAAUAUGUUAAGUUAGAUGGUCACAUAAUGUGUAUGACUGACUCAUUACUAUGAUUACGGCUAAGUAACAGACCUUCGUAAAUACAUUACGCGGACCCAUAGGUAUGUUAAAGCUGUGGUAGGAAAAAAUCGUCACUCGACACUUGAAGGUUGUUUAUAGACUUGGCCUGAUUUUUUAUCAUGGCUUUUCUAGGACAUUCAUGUAUUUUGCUUCACUCUACUAUGAAUAAUGCUUAUAUAUGUGAAGGCGUAUUAGAGUCGGCGCAGUAGAAGUGCCAUAAGUCCGUAAAGGAAAUAUUUUUCUUGCGUUUUUUUUUUUUAUCUUUAACAAUCUCCUUCAAUAAAUGAUGUUAUCUAUA